GGCGCGGCGCUGACGCCAUCGCAGCGCGCGGCGGGGGGCGGCCGAUGGCUCCGGCGCGGAAGCGGCGGCCCAAGGGGCUCCUGGCGGCGGGACGGGCCAAGCGGCCCCGCGGCGGCGGGCGGCAGCUGGAGGCCGGCAUGCGCGGCAUCCUCAUCACCUGCAACAUGAACGAGCGCAAGUGCGUGGGGGAGGCCUACAGCCUCCUCGGCGAGUACGGGGACCUGCUGUACGGGCCCGAGCAGUUUUCAGAUCACGAGGAGCGGCUGUCUGGAAGCUCGAGUGAGGAGGAUGAGGAUGAUGUCGAGGCUGCCCUGAAGAAGGAGGUUGGCCAGAUCCGCGCGUCGACGGAGCAGAAGCUGCGGCGGUUCCAGUCGGUGGAGAGUGGUGCCAACAACGUGGUCUUCAUCAGAACCCAGGGCAUAGACCCUGAGAACCUGGUGCACCAUAUAUUACAGGAUAUGCACGCCACUAAAAAGAAGAAAACAAGAGUAAUUCUGCGCAUGCUGCCUGUCUCUGGAACCUGCAAGGCAUUUUUGGAGGAUAUGAAAAAAUUCACAGAAACAUUUUUUGAGCCUUGGUUUAAAGCCCCAAAUAAGGGUACUUUUCAGAUUGUUUACAAAGCUCGUAAUAACAGUCAUAUGAGUAGGGAAGAAGUAAUUAAGGAAUUGGCAGGAAUUGUGGACAUCCUCAAUCCAGAAAACAAAGUCGAUCUUAAUAACCCCCAAUAUACAAUUGUGGUGGAAAUAAUAAAAAACAUCUGUUGCUUGAGUGUGGUGAGAGACUAUGUGCUGUUCAGAAAAUACAAUCUACAGGAGGUGGUGAAGAGCAGUAAAGAAGACACACGACAAAACCCAUCAAGUCUGACAGAAGAACAGAACUCGAGAGUAGUAAAAUCAGAAACUGAAGAGGAGAAGAGCUCCCAAGAAGUUAAACAAGAGGACAAGAAUCAAGGUGAAACAGAAGCUGAGCCCCAGGGGAAUGAUGCCCUGACAGUGUAGAAGAUGUGGUAGAACGGAAAGACAAACACAACUGAAACCUAUUAAAGUUGCCCUAGAAUCUGAAAGGGUGUUUUAAAGAGGAGAGUGGGUUUUGUUUUGAAAUCUUGUUUUUAAAAUCCACAUGUGUAAGAAUUGCAGUGCUCCUUGCAGGUGGAGCUGACAUUGCAGCAGAUGUAAGGAUGGUCACCUUUCUGGCGAAGCUUGUUGUCAUUCUUCUACAGCUUUAUUCUGCAUUGCCUUUACCCAGCACAAAAAGCACGGUGUGUGCGCACACAUGUAAAUGUGGCCAUCCUGACAUACUGACCCUCUGCUACAUCUGAUGGCUGCAGAAACCAAAAGGCAGUGCAGGAUCAGCUGAAGAGGAAGUAAUGACAGAGAUGAGAUCUGAGAAAAACAGUUUGCAGAGGGUUUUUAUGUGAUCUGACAACGUGUGUGAUUGCAGAACUCAGAUACAAUUUUCUGCAUGAACAACAGAAAGUAAAACUGAUAAUUUCCUGUACAAUGGAGGGUUCUGUGGAUCAAUACACAACUCGCCCUACAAGGGGAUGCUGAAUCUGGAAAAUGAAUGGGAAGAACUGCUAUGACCAAAAUACUUGAAUGCUGUGGGACAAGUUAAGAGUCAUAGAUCUGACUGUUCUAGAACAGCAGAAGUACAGUGCAGGCAUUGCAGAUGGUUUUAGCAAAAACUACAUGUGUGUUUACAUUAGCUGUGUAUACAGCAGGUAGUAGUUUAUAGGAGAUCCUGUAGUCACUGAACAGAAUCCUUUUGAGUAAUUUCCUGCAAAUAGCCUUUUGCUGCUCUUCCCAAAGACUUAACACUUGAGGGGGUUAUAAAGUCUUUUUUUGUUUGUAUUUUUUUCCUUUGGUAUCAAAAUUUGCAUUUAAAUACUGCUUGAAAACUUCUCAGAACAAAGCAUUCUAUUAUACCAUGCUAGAUAAGAGGAAUCGAGUUUAAUUUUUUUGUACUUUUUAGCAUUAUAGUAUUAAUUUUGUUUCAUAUUGAAAGUAAAGUUAGUGAGUAUUUCCGUUGUCUGUUACAGCAACUCUUCUGAUGUCCCAGUGACUUCUAAAAACUAACUAGAACCAGUGCAGCUAUAACCUGCUUUCCAGAAGGGCUUUGCUUCCUGUAAAACUGUCUAGCUUUAGUAUUUAAUUUCUUGCAUAAAAGUCUGUGGGUUGCUAAUAGGAAAAGACUAAUCUUGAAGAAUGUUCACUUGUGACUUGUCUUGGUUUAGUGGAAAGGAUGUGUUCAAGUCCCUCAACAGCAUUUAAUUUUAAUUUUCCUCUUCUCUCAAAAUUGUUUUGAAAGUUGGAAAAUUAAUAAGACUUUUUUUCUCAAAUCCUGUCUCCCUUACCAUCCAUUUAUUAAAGCUCUGCUUUCUUACCCCA